GCGUCGCUCUGAAAACGCAGAAGCAUAAACUAGGCUUUAAAGGGACUAUCAAAACGUACACGGACCCACGCUGGCUCUUUGUGGCGGCGGCCUGCGCGCGAGACUGGCAUUCAUAGCCAGCCAAUCACAGCGCGGCUCACUGGGCCAUUCCAUCCAAUCGCGGAGCCUCUUGUUGCUAGGCAUUCCCGCCCCCCCGUUGCGACCGCGGACAGACAGGAGCAAGUCGACCGGUUGGAAGCUAAACUAAUUCAAUCACAUUCCAGCAAGUUAAAUUUGAUUGUUAUUCUCGGUUCCGUUUUGCGGCACAAGCGCGCGUAUUUUUUACGAAAAAUCUGAGCAAUCUGCGAAUGUUUUGUCCAGCGGGGUAAGAUGUAAAAAUCGCCAUUUAAUUUGUUCUGAAUUGGCGCCAGUCGUGCUAGCAACGACGUCAGUUGGUCACGCCCCCUGGUGUUGUUGUUUGUAGCGACUAAGCGCGCGAGCUAACCGUUGGUACGUUAAUUAACCGUUAAUUUGCGAUAGCGGAGGGAAAAAAAGCUCCCGAUCGGUGAAGUAAAGUGGACGAUGGCAGAUUUCCACGAAAAUCCGUCUGUUCUCACGAAAGAAAAGCUGAAGAGUGAGCUCGCGGCUAACAAUGUUCCGCUUCCCGGCGGAGAGCAUAAAAAGGUGUACGUACAGCUGUACUUGAAGAACCUAACCGCCCUAAAGGAGAAGAAGAGCGCUCCCACCGACACGUUCUCCAGCGACGAGGACCUGCCCCUCCCCGUGAUGUCCGGCUCCAGUCGAUCUGGAAGAAAAGCUACGAAAAAGACGGACAGGCCUCGCUCGAAGGAAGUGGAGGUGACGGACCUGACUGAUGACGAUCUGAAGCAACAGCUGGAAAAACAUGGUGUGCAACCAGGACCCAUUGUUGCCUCCACCCGGAAGCUUUAUGAGAAGAAGCUGCAGAAGCUUUUGGACCAGCGUCCAGCUGAACCUCAUCCUCAACCUCCCCCAGACCUUAGAGCUCUCCCCAAUACAGACGGUAACCCGAAUGGCAACACCAAUUCUGAACAGUACAGUGACAAGGAAGAUGAGGGGAUCGCUGAACCCAAACCGGUUCCUGUGGUGGAGAACCCUGAAACGAGCAGAGGGAAAACUCGAGGCACAACGAGCAGCAGACCACAAACCAAGGAUAGUGAAGACACUCCCAAGGACACCAACAAGAGUGUUGAAGAUAUUCUUGCCAAUGAGAUAGCCACACCAGGCAUGAGUGUAACCUGCCGGCGUCCGAUCCGGGGGGCAGCUUGUCGACCAUUGAAACAAAGUGAAUACUGGCUGGACGAGUCCCGUUUGCAGCACAGCGUCCACACAGAGAUCCGCUCUUACUUCGAAUCUUUAUCCAGAGUGGGCAGCUCCGUCUCCCCAGGCAAAGCGCCGGCCCAACAAGGCUUCCUUUCUAUGUUGCUCAAGCUCCUGUUGCUUGUUGCGGUGGCCGGGUCCCUCCUCUAUGCCUACCAGAACCUGGAUGCCGACAGCUUCGACACCCUCAAAGGCGCCCUGGACCACUUUGUCGUCGUCCCCCUGCAUGGUGCCGUGAACAGCGUAGCCACCUACUUGGGCAUCGGUGGCGCCCGCGCUGCAGAGAUCGCCAGGGAUGGAGAGGCUUAGUCAAUUUAAUCCAGUAGGCUGCAGCCCGGGAGCACAACAGGAAGAGCAGCAGCCAUAGCGAGGUCAAGUCUGACUGAAGGGUUGGAAAAAGGAAGAGGACUUGCACUCAAAGUGGCUGGACCCUCAAGGCAACAGGUGAACAGACAUGAUUUCCUCUGUGAUGUGGAAUGUUCAAUAAAAUAUCUGCAGGAGACGCGCAGAUCUAGAAUUGA